AACAUUCCCAGGUGGCGCAUGUUGAUAUGUGGCCACAGGAGCACGAUGUGAGCAUCUUUGCGCUUUUUUUUAAAGGGUUGAGCAACCCGCAUCCGAAAAUAGGGUUGGCUGUUAGAAAGUAGGUCGAUAGGAACUGAGAGCGACGUUUCUUUCCACGCUUUUGUCUGUGUUCUUUGUUGUUUAGCGAGGACUGUGUUUUUUUUUUCAUAGCCUACCCUUUAGUGAAGAGCGUUUUACGCACAGGUGGGAGAUGCCCGCUCAGCGUGCUGUAGGACAGCCCCCCUCUCUGCUCCUCAGCGGAUGAUGUGAGGAAGUGACAUUUUUCACCGCUGCGGUUCGGGACAGCACUGCUCCGCUGCAAACAGGUGUGCUACCGUCCGGGUCACUUUUGCUGGGAAACCACGGAGAGGCAGCGUCCCAAAACCAGAACCAAGCCUUCUUGACACGGGACAGCGGGGACCACAGGAGGAGAAUCAACCCGGUCAAGUCUUUAUUAGCCUGGGCUGUUUGAACGGGUUCAGACAGAGAGACAGAGAGAUAGAGAAAGAAGAGAGAGAGAGAGAGAGAGAGAGAGAGAGAGAGAGAGAGAGAGAGAUGGCAACGAAAAAGGCGUGCGUGGAUGCGCCCAAAAGGAGCCGGAGUCCGGUCGUGUUGGAGGCGGAGAUGUUCAGUGAAUUUCAGGACUGGUGUCUCCGGACUUAUGGAGACUCCGGUAAAACAAAGACCGUCACCCGGCGAAAAUAUAACAAAAUCAUGCAGACACUGUUGCAGAACGACGAGAUGGAUGGCGUUUAUAUCGACAACAGCCACAUCAACGCCAAAUUCAAAUUUUGGGUGAAGUCUAAAGGAUUUCAGGUCGGGACCAACGUGUUGGGAGACCACAACAAAAAAGGAGCUCCGGGGAAACCCAUCCUAUAUGUCCCGGUCAAGACAACGUGUUCAGAUGGGAAUUCGGCCCAAGACAACUCCUCCCUGAAGCGUGUAGCUGUGGUAGAAGACUUCUUUGACAUCAUCUAUGCCAUGCAUGUGGAGAUGGGUGCCGACCCCGGGAGAGCACCCAAACAUGCAGGCCAAAAGAAGACCUACAAAGCGAUAGCAGAGACCUACGCCUUCCUGCCCAGAGAGGCGGUGACUCGGUUCCUAAUGAGCUGUGGAGAGUGUCAGAAGAGGAUGCACAUCAACCCCAGCACUGCAGAGUUCAAAGAAAAUGACAGACCCACCUCACUGGUCCCAGACCUCAUUGAUUAUAACAUGCCUCUUACUGCCACCUACCUGAAACAAAUGAAACUGCAGUGCAUGACUGCCACUGAAAGGGAUGACAGUUCGAUGAGCAGCGAGGACAUGAACGGCGUUGAGCCUACAUGGGUGGCAGCUGAGCCGCCCCCCAUGCCUGAGCGCAGUCCACCUAACAGAGAGAGGAUCAGCAACCCAGCAGCCGCCAUUAAAGAAGAGGACGAUGACGACUCCUCAGAGAGCGGCAGUGCCAAUGGGCUGCCGGCCAUGACCUCCCCGGAGGUGCUGGCUGUGGGUGGGAACCCCCCAGAUGGUGGGGCCCCUUACAGGGAGGUGACAGAGAACGGGCUGAGUGCUCCCCUGGACUUUAGCACCACCUCACCCUCGUCCUCCUCAGAGGAUCAGCAGCCGGUCAUUCUGAGCGAAAGGCUGCUGCAGGCGGGCAGCUCGCCACCAAACUCUUACCCCGCAGACCCCAACAGGAAGUACCCCAUCAAAACAGAGUAUGCCAACAAGUCCCCUCCUUACAGUUCAGGAAGCUAUGACUCUGUAAAAACUGAACUGAGCAUGAGCGCAGAGGACUUGACCUCUGGUCGGGCACAGAUCAUUGACGACGACGAUGACGAUCAUGACGACCACGAUGACAGCGACAAGAUCAAUGACGCUGAGGGUAUGGACCCUGAGAGACUCAAAGCCUUCAAUAUGUUUGUGCGUCUGUUCGUUGAUGAAAACCUGGACCGCAUGGUGCCCAUCUCCAAACAGCCCAAGGAGAAGAUCCAGGCCAUCAUCGAGUCCUGUAGCCGCCAGUUCCCAGAGUUCCAGGAGCGCUCCCGCAAGCGCAUCCGCACCUACCUCAAAUCCUGCCGCCGCAUGAAAAAGGGCGGUUUUGAGAUACGACCAACACCUCCUCACCUCACCUCUGCCAUGGCUGAGAACAUCCUCGCUGCUGCCUGUGAUAACGAAACCCGAAAUGCUGCCAAGAGGAUGCGGCUCGAUGUCUACCAAGCGGAUGAACCUGCCUCUGUUGACAAGACCAACUCGAAGGACCCGGCCUCUGUGGCCCCGUCCGGGUUCACCAUCUCCAGCGCAGCUUUUGCCCAAGACCAGCUCUACACCAACGGAGGCCUCAACUACAACCUGCGGGGAUACGGGACAGUCGGCAGCAACCAGCAGAACUCUGGUGCUGCACAAACCAACGGUCCCACAGAUCUGAGUAUGAAGGCAAUCGCCCCGUCCUCCAGCUCCAACAGUCACGGUCAGGGAGGCGGCGGCGGUGGAGCUUCGGCUCAGCUCAGCCCUCCGGAGGUCACGGCGGUGAGGCAGCUGAUCGCAGGAUACCGGGAGUCUGCUGCCUUCCUGCUGCGCUCAGCAGACGAGCUGGAAAACCUGAUCCUGCAGCAGAACUGAGUCCAAGCCAAACCUUCUCCUAGCCUGUCCAUCUCUGUCGCCCUCGUCAAUCACAUCAGGGCCAGACUUUCACGCAAAGACACAAAUGUCCAUGAGUGAUAGGCCUACUGCAGUGCACUGUGGGUAAUGUAGGUACGGUACCUUAUUCCCACAUGUGUUUAUGUAUGUAUGGACAGGCCAGAACAUAUCGCAGGCUGAAAAAAAAUUUUCUUUAUGCAUUUGGUUCACUUUGACCUUAGUGCCCUGUUAUCUGUAGCCAUUCAUCCCAUUCAGUUCAUUUUACCACUUCAACCUCCAUUCGUCUCAGGAAGCGAUGAUCUAUGUGGAAGAAUUAUCUGCAUUGGUGCACAGGGGAGAACCAGAACCUUAAACUAGCUGUGACCAUAAUGCCACAUUGGCUCGUUUAUGCAGAUGUUUGGGCAAAUUAGUAGUUAAAUAGCAGUGACUUUGUGUCAUUAACUUGUUUCUAUUUUUACUCAAGUGUAAACUAUGCUGUACGGUGGCAUCUUUUGAUUUGGUCGUCUAAACAACAACUCUCCAAAUUCACUUCUGUGUCAGGAAAAAUGUAUUGCUUUCUAAAAGUCUGCAGAUGAAUCACUGCUAAAUCCACUGACUUGUUGACUUACAGCUACUAAAUGUAGAGAAGGGAAAAACGGGACGGUGUUUGACAGUUUUCAUCUGAAAAGUUUGACAGAUCCGUUAAAACUAUACCUCGGUCCUGCUCUGUUGGAUUGGUUUCCAGAUUCUUAGGCGUGUGGUUACGAAGAGACAAAGACUCAUUACCCAACGUGACUUUAUUCUCAGUUAUUUUAUUUUGGAUAUUUCAUAUAUUUCUCAUUACUUAAAAAGAAAGGAGGCUUUUAAGAAGCCUGGGUAUGCAAAUUGAGGUCACAGACGUCAGGGAAACAAAAGGAGAUUAAUAUAUUGUUUAGACUCUUGGUUUUAUAACCAGUGCUACUGGAAAAGAGAAAAAGGUGCAAUAUUGAAGAUAAUCAGUAAUGGUGUGCUUACUGAAAUUACUCUGUCAGACUUGCUGAAGUGUUUUAAGGCAAAAAGGCGGAGUACUUUACCACAAUCUCCUCCUGCUGUAACUAUCAAGUUGUAAAAAAAACAAACUGAAAUGAUAUCCCAUGCAGCAUUGUAGCCAAUUUCAAUGUUGUUGUUUUUUGUGAAUACUGAUCUUUAUCUCUAACCUCGUAACUGAGGCACUUUUAUGUAUUGGGAUCAGUCAUUCGUAGUGAUAAGAAAAUGGGACCUGGCAGAAAAAUGAGACUUAAUGUUGCACGUCUUAUUUAUUUUACUUUAAAGUGAUUUUUUGGAGUCGUUUUGUGAAGGAAUUGUCCUGUGAGUUUUUUUAAAAAGGAGCACAUUGAGCUCACAUGCAUCGGUGUAACCCUAACAUCCACGUGGCUUUACUGGAUGUAGUGUGAGUGUGUGUGGGCUGCUCAGACAAAAAAACGCUGUCCGUCUGUAUCACCCCCUCUGACCUCAGCUGUGUCAAAUUCUCUCUCUCAUCUCCAUCAUGUCUGAAAACACACUGUCUGAAAAGAAGCAAGAGACAAUCUUUGAAAAAGAUGUAAUCGCAUCACAGUUUACUCUCCCAGCUGUCUGCUAUGGUGUGUGUGUGUGUGUGUGUGUGUGUGUGUGUGUGUGUGUGUAUGGUCUGAGGGCACACAAGAGUACUCAAAGCAAAUCUAGAGCACAGUCUCACUCACAACAGACACUUUUAAUGGUGAGUCACUUGGCACAAAAACAUGACGCGUAAGUGUGUGUGUGUGUGUGUGUGUGUGUGUGUGUGUGUGUGUGUGUGUGUGUGUGUUUGUAUUCCCUUUUCUUUGGUUGAUGUAAGUGUUGGUAUUGACAGUAUGUUAAUUUUCUGUUUGUGUAUAAGUGGAGUGACCCAGUUUGUACGACAUCAAUCUGUGAAGAUUUAAUUCAGAGGCUGAGACAUUCCAAACAAGGACAAUGACUCUUCAAGCAGCCUAAAAGUGGCUCGCACCUUAUUGAGUUCUCAAAGUUUAAAGAGAUAUAUUUCUGUAUUUAUCACAAAUCUUAUCAAAUUCAUCAGUUAUUUAUCACAAAUUAGUCUAUUUCGCACCACCACCACCAGGCCGUUCUAGAGUUGGAUUUACAUGCUAAAUUUUACUUUUUUUUCUUUAAUUCCCAUGUCAUUAUUGGGCUGCAUUACUUUACAUUACAUUUAAAUAAUGGUUUCUAUUGCGAGUUUGGAAGCACUUUAUAGCUCAGGAUUAAGGUAACAUAACACAGUGAUUUGAGAUUGUGACAAAGGACAUAAGCAGCGCUCAAUCUGCUUUAUUGAUGAUAAGCAAAUGGCUUCUUUUUGAAAACCUUGUUAGAGCUCAUCGUGAACUCCUUAGUGGUCCAUAUGGGAGGUGUUUUAUAAAAUAGGCUUAGAAAAGCAGGACUUUUUGUGAAAAUCCUGUCUCAAAUUAGCCUAACAAAUGGAACCAGGAUAACUCUGUUUCAUAAAGCUGGUUUGGACUUAAUGUGAGCAGUCAAAGUCAAGUCAGGUUUAUUUCAUGACGAUGAGAAGUGUUGCUCAUAUGAACCCACAGAGAAUAAACACCUGAAUCUGCAACUCCCCAGUGCUUUCUGGAGCUUUAUAGUGAGUUUCAGCUCAUUGUUGAGCUGUCUGGCUGCAGCUUUACUGUUUUGGUUUACUCUCAAUAGUCUCAUAAAAGUCGUUUUCAGCAGGCAGCUGUUUUCAGAGAAAAAUCUCUAAAAACCCACUGUGCACUACCUGCUCAGCACCAAACAGAUGACAGACACAGUUAGAGACUAGCUGGUGAAUAUAGUUCAAUGAUAGUGGAGCAUUUAGCAGCGAAAGAGCCUGACGUUUCCGUCGGGAGUUGGUGGAGACCAAAACGGAGUUAAAAGAAGAGGGAAUAUUACACUUACAUUCAUCAGGUGAACAGAAAAACAACUCACAAUGAAUGUUAUGUUGCUUCAUAACGGCUGGAUAUGUCAAUAGACUAUUUGCUAACAACACCUCAACUUAAAAUGUUAUGAUAAAUAGAAAUGUUGUGUUCACAAAAAAAAGAAGCAGUGUUUGCAGGUUCAAGUUAUCGGUUAGAUUAGGUAUCUUGAGCUCAGAUUUUAAUUGCACAAUUAAGUACAUUCCAUGUCAGUAUGUGACCUAAAUUUGUUGUGUGAGUGCAUCAGACUCUCCCAGUGCAGCAGUAAAGAGGAACGCUUUAAGAGAACACCAUGUUUCAGUCUGGCAGAUUCAUUGUGAUACUGUUGAAGCCUGAGCUGAAGCUAAGCCUGACUUAGGUCAGACUUCUCCAACCUCCUUUAUGAAACAGAAUUUCCCGACUGACUGGAACUGGUACUGUUGGUUUGAUGAAACACCCCUCUGGGCUCAAACAGACAUAACCAUAGAUGUAUGGGGGACCUGAGUCCUCACAUGUCUUCCUCGUCUCCUCCAACCUGCUCGUUUGUCCCUGCAGCCAUAGCAGAUCCUCACACUUCACGUCAGACUCAGUGAUGUCAUGCUGUCCCAUCCUCACAACCAAACAUCAGCUUGCAGGUUUGUAAACUGUCUUAAGUCUACGCUGAGCAACAUUUGUGUGGAGUUACUGUGAUCAACGACAACCACUUGUUGUCAUGUUGUUGUUUCUAAUAAUGCCCAAUGGAUUUUCUCUUUGUAUUGACUGGACAAUGUAAUCUAUUGGUGUUGAUUAAAAAUGCCCUGGUAGCUUGUGGAUUGCUAAAGUGGUCAGAUAAAUGUACUGUAUAGCUGUACAAAGAGUGAUAAAAAGAUGUUUUAAACCUUUUUUUUCUUCUGUGGGUACAGCACUGUUAAAAAAAAAAUCAAAGUGGUUUUAGCCCUUGCUUGUUUUAACUUAUCAUUUGGUGGUGGUCUGUAUUUCUUCUAUUGUUAUUUAUAUUAUUUCAAUUGUUGCCUCUCCUCUCCGCACUGAUACGAGACUGUAGCUCUGUGCAGGAGGUUGUAAUGUAAACCUGUGUGAAGCUUUGUAUUCCCCCCCCCAUCCCCUCUGGUUUUGGACUCAGUGAAAGUGUGAUGUUUACAUGUACAGUUUUUCAGAAUACUUUUGCGUUUUAUUCAGGCUAUAUUAUCUUUUCCUCACCUAUACUCCAAAUGUGUGUACAUUUGCCCAGAUAUUUUCCUUUUUGUUGUUUCAUUGCAUCAUAGUGCAGACGUGACCUCUUUGACUAUUUGGUCACUCGGUCAUGAAGUGUGCCGUGACAGCUGGUUGUGGUCGGCUCGGUGUUGUGGUGGCUUCCAGCAUUUUUAAAAAGGUAAAUCUUAAGUAAAAAGGGAGCUUCACAACUUCUCAAAGUGGACCAGCAAAGAUGUAUUAAGGACAACUUUAAUCAACUGUUUAUGAAUACUAUAGUGGCCUAAAUGGAGAUUGGUGGGGGUGUAGGUACAUUUAUUAUACAAUCCUACAUUAAGUGCUCAGAAUCUUUUAAUAUCCCGGCCGUAUUGUCAGGUAAAACUCCUUGUCCUUAACCUGACUGGUACCCUGAAGGGACACUUUGACCUGUUGUUAUAUCUCCUCGGUAACAUAAAAGCCAUUCCCCUCUCCUGGCCUUUUUAAGGGGAACCCAUAAACCUCAGGAAAUACUGAAUCUCCAAGUUUAGUUUUUAUCUCAUUUCUUCUGAAAUGAUUUAAAUCUCUUAACGAAAACCAUUAACAUUUAUAUGAGAUGUCUAUUGUUUUGUACAUUUAUCAUUGUGAUUUAAAAGUGGAGCUUUUUCCAGUACCUGUGACUUAAUAUUUAGAUUUUUUUUCGGAGUGUUUAUAGGUAUGGAUAUUUAUUAUUAUAUGUGAAACAAAAAGACAAAAGAAAAGGUUGAACCUGUUUCAUUUGUAUGUUUCAUGCAAAACUGUCCAGGUGAGAUUCUCUCUGCCUCUUACAUAUCACUGAUGAGGGACCUGUGUUUGUUUGGAAAUAGCGCUUUUUCAGUGUUGCAUCAACGCUAUGAAAAAAAAACCCCAGAAAAAAAAACACCAGUGGUUUACCAACAGCAGAGUUGCAAGGCUUUCCUCUUUGCCUGGGAUGUCAGUAACUGAAUAAAAUAGUGCGAUGAGCUAUCUAACUGA